AUGGCUCAAAUUCAGGAGGAUCUACGCACUCUAAAAACGAAGGCGCCGGAUGUUUCCUCCGGCCUGGUGACCGCCACUCCACCAACUUGUAGUUCUGGCGCUGCAUCCGACACCGCCGCUGCCACCACUACAGCGUCAAGCACGGGAGGCACUGGUAGCGCGGCUGCCUCCGCCACCUCAUCUGUCAGCAACGUGGAAUUGGCCUCUCCGCUAGCAAGUCAGCUGAAUGUCGCCGCUAGCGCCAGCGGCACACAGGCUGCGGAAGGUGGAGGUGGGUCUGUGGUGAUUUCCGAUGCUGAAGCCCCGCCGGAGGAAAGGUACGCGGCGCAGCUCCAGAUUCUCGCUAGUCUGGGCUUCACAAACCGAGAAGCCAAUCUACAAGCUUUAAUCGCCACCUUCGGCGAUGUUAACGCGGCAGUCGAACGACUUCUGGCUAAUGGGCAACUGAACUAG